AGAAAUAAUCAACAGCCCGAGCGCGAUGUGGCAAUACGGCUGUUACGUACAGUGAGAUCGAACGUCGCGCGACAGCGUCGUUUCGCGCGCCGCGUGAUAACGCACUAUCGCUUCGCGCGAUACGCUCGCAUUUCGUUCCCUUCGCUCGCUCUCUGUGGAGUAUCGCGCCGAUCGGCGAAGUCUCACACCUGUGCGUCUCCACGUCGACUUGAGCCUCGGCUCGGCGAUGGCGCUCAGGAGAGUAUGCAGUCGCGCGAGCUCGUAUCGUUUAGCUUUCCAACGCUGCGAGCAGCAUGCAGCCAAGAUGGCGAACGUUGCCACAGCCGGCGACGACUGCGUUGUAGCCAAGGAGGAGGUCGUGCGAUUCAUUUCCGACUGCAUGCAGAAGGCUGGAUCUAACGGCGAAGACGCGCGCACGAUUGCCCAUCACCUGAUGACGGCCGAUUACAGGGGCCACUUCAGCCACGGUAUGAAUCGAAUGGAGAUGUACGUGAAUGACAUCAGGCAUAAGCUCACCGAUCCUAAAGCUCGACCACAAGUCGUCAACGAUUUUCAGGCAAUAGCCCUGGUGGACGGAAACAACAGUCUGGGUCAAGUGGUGGGCAAAUAUUGCAUGAAGUUGGCAAUAGAGAAGGCCUGUAAGUUCGGCAUUGGUAUGGUGGCAGCUAGGGGCUCCAACCACUAUGGCAUUUGCGGCUACUAUGCCCUCAUGGCAAUGGAGCACGACAUGAUCGGUUUCAGCUGUACAAACACAAGUCCCUUGAUGGCACCAACUCGCAGUAAAAAAAGUGCUCUGGGUACGAAUCCUCUGGCACUGGGCAUGAAAGCGAGCAAUUGCGACGAGUUCGUUUUAGAUAUGGCGACAACAGCGGUGGCGCUCGGUAAAAUCGAGCUGGCGAAUAGGAAAGGCGAAUCUAUACCCGAAGGAUGGGCUAUGGAUAAGGAAGGUCAUUUGACCACGGAGCCAAAAAAGGCAUUGGAGUCUUACUUGUUGAUGCCUCUCGGUGGCGCUGAAAAACAUUCGGGCUACAAAGGCUAUGGUCUGGCUACGAUGGUUGAAGUGCUGUGUGGUAUUUUGAGCGGAGCACAGUAUGGUCCAAAUGUACGCACGUGGAAGACUGGCGACGCAGUAGCGAACUUGGGUCAAUGCUUUAUGGCGAUCAAUCCAGAAGUGUUCGCGCCAGGAUCCAAAGACAGAUUGGCUCAUCUUUUGCAACAAUUGAGAGAGCUGCCAAAAACCGGUGACAAAUGUGUUCAGGUGGCGGGUGAUCCGGAAAGAACUGCCAUGGCUAAAGUUGACAAAGACGGUGGCAUCGAGUAUCAUCCUAAUCAAAUAAAAAAUUCCGCGGAUUUUGCUAAAGAGAUGGGUGUUGAGCCGAUGAAACGCGUCAAGAAGAACCGAUGUUGAUAUUAACGUUCAUCGUACAAUCGCCUUCAAAAAAUCAAGCGUGCAUAAUAUUUCAUAUUAAAUUGUUUAUCUUUUCCGAAGUGCAAGGUAACAAUAAGUAUUUUUUUAUAUUUUUGACUAUUUAUAUGAUACUCAAAAAACGUUAUGUUUGGCAAAUUGUAAUAUCUUUAAUUAAAUCUUGUGUUUUUAUCGUUAGGAGCAAUACUGUUUGUAGUAAAUAUAGAAAUAAACUUUUUUUAUGAUCUUUUCACACCGUGGAAAAUCAUAAUCUCUGCAAAAAAGUGCAUGCUCGUAUGGAAUUGCUAAUAUUCCACAUGUUGCUGUCAUAAAUAAUGGAAGAAUUGCACACAUUACAUUACGUCGAUGGAUGUUACUUAACAAGAAACCGGUACUCUGCCGUCUGACGCGCAUUUGUACUCUUUGUCAUAAAAUCUGCAAGUUUUUUCUCAUAAAACCGGAUUAAACUGUACCGAUUUUAUUUUUUUAUUUAAAUACAGUCUACAUUUCUAAAAACCUCUUGAAAUCACAGCAUAUACCGGUAUAUUUUAUGCGAGUUGGGUGACAGCAUUCGAAACGAGUGUGAAACGUACUGUAGAAAUACAACACGCGAUAAUCCAGACAUAGUGUAUUCAACAUGCCAAUAUUUAGGAUGAAAGAUGCUCUUAUAAUAUAAGCAUUCUGUAAAAGCAAAUAAAUAAUAAAUUGAUAGAAAUAAGCUUGGCUCAAACGCAGCGUGGUCUUUCUAUAAGUAAUCUCUAAUCUUGUCUUAGAAUUUCGGUAUUGAGUCACGUGAUGAGUUUGCGAGUAAUUAAGGACUCCAAAUGGUAUAACGCUUUACAGGAACAGAGUUGAUCUUUGAAAAAAUGUAAAAUAAAAUUUGAUACCUAGAUUGACUCAUAUAACUUUUCGGUGUUGAAGCCAAUUCAUUUACAACGACGGAAUCAAUCAAAAUAAAAUUCAAGUUGUAUUAUAUUAGUAUAUCGGAAUCUGUUGAAAAGGAAAGUUCUUUUUAGACUUCGACAGUCAACCAUCAAAAUCAAGUGCAAUUCCUGUUUAGUCUUAUAGUAAAUCUAAUAACUUUUGAUAGUUCAGUAAUCAAAAAUCAUUAAGAAAUCAAUGAAUUCUCGGGCACCUUUAAUACGCGGCACCUUAUCAAUGUCACCAUAUUUGUACUGUAUCAUUUAUAUAUUUUAGCAGACAUGUAUGAUCGCCGUUGAAUAUUUUUUCGAUCAAUAAUCUUAGAUAUGAGUUCUGAGUAAAAGCUUUCUUUACGGAUUUGCAAACCAAUAUUCAAUAUCUUAUCUUAAUACGUUGUAAAUAAGUAUUCGUUCUUUUUAAAAACUUACAUUGAUUUUAAUCUAUAAAAUUUGUUUGGUGAGCAAAAGAACAAAAAAAUUAUAUUAAGCAUUGAUAAUUAAUUGAACAAAUGAUACAA